AACCCGAAACGGAGACUUCACAACUCCUGGUGCCAGUACCAAGCAGCAGUACAGCCACAAGCAAAGUCCCAAACCCAAGCAAAAGCAAAAGACCGUGUCGCAGUCAGGUUGAUCCGAUCAGCAGCAGCCAUGGAAGCGGUGCUGAUGCAGCAGCAGGCAGCUGUUCUGGCGAGACGCCGGUGCGUACGGUGGGCGGCACCGGCCGGGAACCGGCUGGCCGUCGUCCGGCUCGGCAUGGCACGGCGCGCCAGUUGGGCCGUCCGGGCAAGAUCGGGCCUGCUAGCGAGGGCCCACCUCGUCGCCGAGCGGCGCAGCAAGGAGACAGCCGGUGAGGAGGAGGAGGAAGAGGACGCGCGGGCGACGAGGCUGUUCGUGGGCCUCCCCGCGGACGUGGUGACCGACGGCAAGGCUUUGAAGUGCUCCAGGGCCGUCAAGGCCGGGCUGCGCGCGCUCAAGCUGCUCGGCGUCGACGGCGUCGAGCUGCCGGUGUCCUGGGCCGUCGUGCAGCCCGGAUCGGACGACGACGGCCACCAGUUCGAGUGGGCCGGGUACCUCGCCGUCGCCGGCAUGGUCCGCGACGCUGGGCUGGGCCUCCGCGUCUCGUUCCUCACCCACGGCGCCGCGCUCCCCGGCUGGGCCGCCGAUGCCGACAUCCUCUUGGCCGACCGCUCCGGGAACCGCCACGAGGGAUGUCUCUCCUUCGCCGUCGACGAGCUUCCCGUGCUCGCGGGCAAAUCGCCGAUCGAGGCGUACGAGGCCUUCUUCCGCAGCUUCGCGGAUGCCUUCCACGGCUUCUUGGGCUCUACUAUUACGGAUGUGACCGUGAGCCUGGGACCAAACGGCGAGCUCCGGUACCCGUCGUACCCGCCGCCUGGAAGCGAUUGCGCCGUCGAGGACGCAUACUUGGGCGUUGGCGAGUUCCAGUGCUACGACAAGCACAUGCUCGCGCGGCUGAAACUGCACGCCGACUCGUCGGGGCAGCCGCUGUGGGGCCUGUCGGGCCCGCACGACGCCCCGGGGUACGGCGACGCGUCCCCAGAGUCCACGGGCUUCUUCAGGGAGCAGCACACCGGCGCGUACGGGGCCUUCUUCCUGUCGUGGUACGCCGGGGAGCUGCUGGCGCACGGCGACCGCGUCCUAGCCGCGGCGUCCAGGGCGUUCCGCGGCGCGCCGGUCGAGAUGUCAGCCAAGGUGCCGUUCUUCCAUCACUCCGGGUCGACGCGCCUAGCGGCGGAGGCCACCGCCGGGCUGUACGGCGGGUACGGCCCGGUCGCCGAGAUGUUCGCGCGGCACGCGUGCACGGCCAUCGUGUCCGUGGCCGGCAUGCCGGACGCAGAGGCGGGUGAGGUCCUGGCGCGGAUCAAGGACGCCUGCACGGAGCGCGGCGCGCGGUUCGCGUGCGAGAGCGCGUCGGUGGCCGCGGCUGAUGCCGAUCCCGGCGUCUGGGGCGCCCUGCUGAAUGCUGACAGAACCCGGCCGUGCCACUUCACGUACCAGCGGAUGGGCGCGGAGUUCUUCUCGCCGGACCACUGGCCGCUGUUCGUGCAGUUUGCGCACGCGCUGGAGUCGUCGUCACCCGAGGAGACGCACGAGGACGACCUGCCGGGCGAUGGGGACGGCUUCCGGCUGGCCGCUCCGUCUGGCCACGCGGCGCAGGGCACCGUGAAAGAGCCGCAAACAGCUUGACAAGCCUACUGUUCCGCCUCGUUGUAGAUAUGAUAUACCAUAUGGGCGGCACCGGUAUAUUUGUCCUCCAUUGUGUAGAAUUCUGCAGUAAAUUCCUGAGAGUGGUGACAGCUGUCGUGUAUAGCUGCAUAUAGCGGGGUUGAAGAGUUGAAUGUCCUCCUAUUUUUCUUCAGAUUGUAUCAUCAUCGUGAUAAUGAUGAUGAUGGGUUGGUCUUGCGUCCAGAAGUUGUACGAUGUGAUGUUGCCCCCACGAAUCAAUGUGAGGUAUCCCGCCCAAUAAUCUGAGGUGUUAACAUGCGAAA